UCUGUGAAUUAAUAAAUGUGAUCUGUGAACUGUGACACCGAAACGCGUACAGUUCGUGGAGAUCAACGUGAUCCAUUCUACACGACAGAUCGACAAAAUAAAACGUGCCACGGAAAGCGGAAACCGUAAGUGUUCGUUCACGCCGAGGAAGAAAUAAGGUGAAGCUUUACGGACAUAUUAUUGUGUCCGUUAUUACUAGUGCUCCACUUUGCAUAGCGGAGCGUACGGUCGCAUUUCUUCGUGUCGAACACAGUGUAUUCAUUGCAUCUCUCCAUGUCCCUCUCCCUUUUUCCCGUCACAUUCGUUUUGUGCAUCGACACGUUUACUGCCUGACGCGCGUCCGACAGCCUUGUUCUCGUGUGUUUUUCUCGUCUCGUCUCUUCGGUGUGCGUUAAGGAGGAUAGCGUAAUAUGUUGCGUGUGACGUCGUCGUGACCGAAAACGACGUCUGGAUUCUGUGCACGAUUCAAACGAGGAAGUCGGUGAACUUGUGCAUCGUGCUAGUGUGAUAUUCUCGUUCCAUCGUUCCCUCCCCGUUCCAUCGAAAUCCUCCUGUGAAGCGUGCACGACCUUCCAGCGUACAUACGGCGUCUUCCUGGCGCUGAUUGAGAUUUAAAUUCCACGGACCUUGGGCGAUUUAAAUGGGCCGUGAAAGCAUUCCAGCAGGUGCUAUGGGUGGAACCAGGAUUUCCACGAGCCUGCGAGGUUCACCUACGGCUCGGCUUGAUGCUGAAGGUCCACGCUGACUUUGACGCCGCCUUGAAGCACCUGACGUUAGCUCUGAUCGAUGCCACGACACCUGCCUCCUUUUCCAAGCUCGAAAUCAAAUUUCAUAUAGCCCAUUUGUACGAAGUCCAAGGAAAAUAUCGUUUGGCCAAGGAGCAUUACGAGGCAUUGCUCAAGGAAAAAACUCUGCCUUCUCAUCUGAAGGCUGAUAUUUGUCGCCAAUUAGGAUGGAUGUACCACGUGGUUGAUUGCACGGUGCUAGGUAUAACGAGACAGCAGAAGCAAACAAUCGCCAUCCACUGUCUGCAAAAGUCGAUCGACGCGGAACCGAAGAGCGGGCAAAGCCUUUACCUGCUAGGACGUUGCCUCGCAGCUUCUGGAAAAGUUCAUGAUGCAUUUAUUGCUUACAGAAAUUCCGUGGAAAAGUCAGAAGGAAACGCAGACACGUGGUGCAGUAUAGGCGUCCUAUAUCAGCAACAAAAUCAGCCUAUGGACGCGCUACAAGCCUAUAUAUGCGCUGUACAGUUAGACAAAUCACAUUCGGCUGCGUGGACUAAUCUGGGCAUUUUGUACGAAAGCGUUAGUCAGCCGAAAGACGCUCUAGCUUGUUACGUCAACGCAUCCAGGGGCAAUAACAACACACCAAAUUGCACGGGCUCACUGGCGGGCCUGGGUGGCGCUAAAUCCGGCGGUAACACCCCGAUGAACCCAUCGCUACAACAGCGGAUCAACUUCCUGCAAAGUCACCUAAGCCAAGCACCAAUGCCUUCCGUCACCACGAAGAGGCGGCAACUGCCGUCUAUAGAAGAGGCUUGGAACUUGCCUAUUAGUGCUGAGAUGUCUAGCAGACAACAACAGCAACAACAACAACCACCCACUGGUCCGGGUUACAAGUACGGCACUACUCCAUCUGGCCCACCACCUCCUUAUCCUCAAGGACAGGGGCAAAAUCUUAAUACGAAAAGAUUUAAGUCGGGAGAAGAAUCGAUCUCUCCAAGUUCACAACAAAGACCACCGCCAUUUUAUCUCACACCUCAGCAGCUACAGAUGUUACAAUUUCUGCAGCAAAAUCACGGAAGUUUGACGACGCAACAGCAAGGUCUGCUUGCUCAGUUACAACAACAAUACAGAUGCAUGCAGCAACAUCAACAGCAAAUUAGAUUACAGCAGCAGCAAGCUGCUCAGAGGGGGUUAAGGCCGGGACAACCUGGUUAUCCCACGGGGUACAACCAUGCGCAACUAGGACAACCUGGCGUGAUUAAAAACUAUGGAAUACCUCAGCAACCGUCGCAACAAGGUGGGACGGUUGCACUCCAAACAGGAUUCUCAGACUCCAAUGUCGGUUAUAACACCGCAGCAACUGGGAACAGCCAGACGCCAGGAAUGCCUUACAAAUCUGCCUCUGACCCAAACUAUCCCCAGAGGCAAUUAACAUCUAACCAAUACAACCAGUAUCAGCCUAAUCAAUACACUGCCCAGGGUUACACUCAAAUAUCGUCAACGACGAGCAACUACCCAGAAGGUUCCGCGGGAAAUAAAGACCUGGGAGUAACAGAUCAAGAGUUACAAGCUCUAUUAUCGCAAAAAGAUAUCGCGACUUCAUUGGCGGAGGAUUUGUUGAAGCAUUUUGGCUCAGAAGAUUUAGACGUGAAAGAAGAAACACCAAGUAUCAUGAACAACGGCACUUUAAGUUCAGGCCCGUUUUCACCGUCAAACUUGGAGGAGAGUACGGAGAAGAUCAAAGAAGUGAAAUUAGAGAAGGUAGAGGAUACCCAACCGUCGUCCACGUCGAAAUUCGAAGCAUACGAGAAAAGCAAUACAAAAACAACUCCGGUAGUCGAGACGGUAAAAUGCGAAGCGACGUCAAGUACAAAUAAAAUUGAUUCGGUCGCUCGGAUCGAACCAGUGCUCAAAUUGGAAAGUUUGUGCGAAUCGCAACCCGAGCAAGAACUUAACAUAGAGAUGGAUUCCAAGACUAUUAUUGAGGCGUGCAAAGGUCAGGGAUUGAAAGGAGUACCGAAUUGCUCCAUACUGAGCGAUCGUUCACCUCCACCUGCGCCGCCUGAUCCUCCAAGUCAGAGGCUAACCAAGGAACAACUUCUACCCCCAACUCCUAGCGUUUAUUUAGAAAAUAAGAAAGACGCAUUCAGUCCACAACUCCAAGAGUUCUGCCUUAAACAUCCGAUAGCUGUGAUUCGUGGUCUGGCAGCCGCUUUGAAAUUGGAUCUUGGACUGUUUUCGACGAAGACCUUAGUAGAGGCAAAUCCAGACCACGGUAUCGAGGUAAGGACACAAAUGCAGCAAACCAGUGAUGAGAAUUGGGAUCCUGUAAUGGGUAGAAAAGUUUGGGGCUGUAUUAGUCAUAGAAGUCACACGACUAUUGCAAAAUAUGCACAAUACCAAGCCUCAAGUUUUCAAGAAAGUUUGAAAGAAGAAAGAGAAAAGGCGCAAGGUAUACAUACGUCGAAUUUAUCUGAUUCGGAUUCAAAAGACAGCACUGGUGCUGUUAGAAGGAAGAAAAACGCUUUUGGAUUGGCGGGUCGACCGGGCUCAAAAAUGUUGCGAUUUGGGACCAAUGUAGACUUAUCAGACGAAAGAAAGUGGAAACCACAACUUCAGGAGCUGAUGAAAUUACCAGCGUUCGCCAGAGUUGUGUCAGCUGGAAAUAUGCUCAGUCAUGUUGGUCACGUUAUUUUAGGCAUGAAUACUGUUCAAUUGUACAUGAAGGUACCUGGUAGUAGAACACCUGGUCACCAAGAAAACAACAAUUUUUGUUCUAUCAAUAUCAAUAUUGGACCAGGAGAUUGCGAAUGGUUUGCAGUGCCUGAUGCAUAUUGGGGUGUAAUUUGCUCUCUUUGUGAGCGGAAUAAUAUCAAUUACCUCCAUGGUAGUUGGUGGCCUUCUUUAGAGGAUCUGUAUGAGGAAAACAUUCCCGUGUAUAGGUUUUUACAAAGACCAGGUGAUCUUGUCUGGGUUAAUGCAGGCUGUGUACACUGGGUUCAAGCCGUUGGAUGGUGUAAUAAUAUCGCAUGGAACGUAGGCCCUUUGACCGCCCGACAAUAUCAACUGGCAAUCGAACGUUAUGAGUGGAAUAAACUACAGUCAUUCAAAUCUAUAGUACCAAUGGUACACUUAUCCUGGAACUUAGCAAGAAAUAUCAAAGUGUCAGACCCCAGAUUAUUUGAACUAAUUAAAAAUUGCCUAUUAAGGACAAUGAGACAGUGUUGCUUAAUAUUAGAGUUUGUGAAAAGUAAAGGUGUAGAAGUUCGAUUUCAUGGACGAGGAAAGAACGAAGCAUCGCAUUACUGCGGCCAAUGCGAGAUUGAAGUGUUUAAUAUCUUGUUCAUAAGGGAACAAGAAAAACGACAUGUUGUACACUGUAUGGAUUGUGCACGAAAACAAUCCCCAUCCUUGGAAGGAUUUGUUUGCCUAGAAGAGUAUAGAAUGCGCGAUUUAAUGGAUGUUUAUGAUGGAUUUACUUUACACACUUCUCUAACAACUCCCUCAUCAGCUCAGUCUAGCCAAUCCUCCUGAGAGUA